GAUACAAAGCCUGAGGAUUUAACCCUACGUUUUGCCAAAGCUGAUGAAAAGAAUUGUGAAGAGUUAGGUUUGGGAGACGAUACCACAUUUCAGCAAUAUCUCAAGUCUUGUGCCGUGCAGGCGUCCUUUACUCUCAAAGUACAAAUCGAUACUGUGCAAAAACCAUUCUCCGAUUGGAAACUCAGUAAGGUAUGCGAACUCCUUGGCCUGGCGUCGGGCAUUGAUGAAUUUCCCACUUUCGAUUGUGGUAUCGACAAACUCGAUUCAGAAAAAGCAAAAGAUUUGAUGGCUCACCUUUGCAAAGAUCUGAGACUUCGUUAUAAAGCGAUACAUGGUGAAACGGAGGCCACUCGGAGUGAAUACGUCUCCCCCUUUCUUGUGACGGCCACAUCGCUUUUUGACGGAUUAGUAAAGUUAUAUCCGCAACUAUAUGUUGCAGGAAAAUAUGGCCGAGGUCCGCUUGAUUUCUGCUUAAGACUCCUUGGAGUAAUAAUUGGUGUUGUGGAAGUAAAAAAAGAAGAUUUUGACCAAGGCAUGGCCCAGAACGUAAUCCAACUACAUUCGUCUCUCGAAACUAAUCGAAAGCGCAAGCAUGACGAGAUCGAGGAUGAGUUUGCCGAUAAGGCAUACGGAAUCGUUACCGAUGGCCGAGCGUGGUAUUUUGUCGAGUUUAUUAUGGAUGGUGAUAAACCAAAAAUUAGCGUGCAUUCAGAAACGCCAGCUGUUUUGGAUUGGACGGAGGAAUCAGAGUCUCUGGAUAAGGGUGCAGGUAGAAUCUUAGGCCGAAUCGAGAAUGAAAAGCGCAAUGUUAAAGUCAAGGAAUUAGAGCAAAAGAAUAUAGAGCUUGAAACUAGGCUCGCUAUAUUAGAACAGGGAAAAGAAGAAAAAAGUAUUUCUAUUGCAGAGCAGGCCGUAUUGUGGAACAAUGGCACUUGCAUGCCUAGGCGAUUCUCCGAAUCAUGCCUCUUCGAGCCUACAGAAGAUGUUUCGCAUUCUCCAGUAAAUUUUAACGAUUCUCUCAAACAGAUAGUGUUACAUUGUGCCCAAAACUCAUAUUUGGAUAGCUCGCCAAAAUCUCAUAAAUUACGCAUCAAACAAAUUUCAGAAUCGCAAUCUAUUCCUAACACUCCUAAUUUACCUGAAGAAUCAUCAGAACAAAAUACAGACUUACAGAAAACAAAAAUCUCUGAAAUAGACGUACAGCCUCCUGAAGAAAUCUGUCUCCCAAUUAUGAAUGAAGAUAAACAGCUUUUUCAGGAAUUAAUAGCAGAUCAGGAGGAGAUGAUUGAUGUUGUAAUGAAUGAGUAUCGAUUUUUACUUCAUCACGGACAUAACUAUAAGGGCAAAAAAUUAAUACAUAUAAUGUGGGUAUAUAUAUGUACUGAAAAAAGUGCUGAGAAAGUAUUGAUAGAGGUACCUCCAUCGAAAAUAUUAUCUAGAAAGGUUUUAGCCCACAUCAAAGAACGAUUCAAAGACCUUCCACUCGCAUCAGUUAUUAUAGUUGAUUAG